CUAUCCGGCGCAGUUUGCGACUCGCAAUAUACCUGUUCCAUGCUGAUUCAGUGUCCACAACUCUGUACUCAAUAACUAGGACGCUGCGUGCACAGAUGUACUAGGCAGGUAUGCACUAGAACAAAAUCACGCUGCAAGUGUGACCGUUGCCAGAACCUCCCAAGAGAACCUUUCCAUUCGCAUGCAGUGCAGUGCAACACGAGAUCCCUUGCAAGAUAAGUCAUCGGGAGAAGAGUAAGAAGAAAUGCAGGGAAAACCAGACGUGGUGUCUUUUUUUAAUAGUUAAAGGCUGACAGAUGGGGCUCGGCGUUAUUGGAUGCUCCUCUCAAGCUCCUCCCCUCCCCUUGCUUUGGUCGUCCUUCUUGCCUAUAUACUCUUUGGCCUGUGGAUACCCUCCGUGCGGUCUCCACGCGCACUGGUCUUUCCCAUCGUCCGCCCUUGGCCUUCCUGACCACUUGAGUAAAUCACACGUGGUCAAGGUAGACAAAGAUGCCAUUCAGCCAGGAGGAAAUGAAUGUUAUGGCGGCAGAGGCCCUUGCCGUAGAAUGGGUAGCCGCCGUGUGUAUGACCCUACUCAUAUACGACAAUAUUAUCACCUUUGGGCAAGAGGUGUCAACUAUGUGGUUAUCGAGGUGGUCAAUACCAAAAGUGCUGUUCUUGUUGAACCGAUAUCUUGUUGUUGGAAUGCUCUCAUUUAACGCAAUAGCGUCAUCGCAGACGCAUCUACCAAACGAUUUGUUUUGUAUUUUCUAUCUCCGAUGGCUUGUAUGCACUAUCACAGUAACAAAUUCAGUUGUGGAAGGGAUACUCGUAGCAAGAGUAUGGGCUCUAUAUCGAGAAAAUAGGAUAGCUGUAGCGAUAGCUUUGACGUUCUACUUCAGCGGUAUAUGCGUCUUAGUAGGCUUGACAGUAGCAGACUACAUCGCAACAGGUCCAGUGGAAGCUGUGGAUGAUUUCCAGCAAUUACCGGGAUGUUAUGCGCGAACCGUUCCUAGUCUUAUCGCAGGAUAUUGGAUAUCGCCCCUGAUCAUUGAAAGCAUAUUCUUCAUGAUGGUCGUUUGGCGGGCUGCAGGUUGGUGGCGGACUGACGUACCCGUGCCUCCUACGCUUGUAUUGCUGGCGAGAGAUUCGUCUGUGUAUUUCCUAAUUGUAUUCGUACUACUCUUCGCGAACCUAUUCGUCUUCCUAUACGGCCCGCCAUUCCUGUCCUCUAUGCUGGUGACACCUUCAAAUACAGCUGGCUGUAUAGCUGGCUCACGAAUGCUGCUCAACAUGCGCAACCUGGCGUAUGGUCAUACAGAUGAAGCUACGACGGACAUUGAGAUGUCGGGUUUGCGAUUCAAAACACGGAUAUCAUCCGGGUUUCGGAGCCGACGCACUGAAACGACUAGUAGUGGCAUGACCACCACGUUCGGCGCAAGUACAAUAGCUGAAAGCACGACUGUGGUGGGCGAUUGAGGCUGUUCGUUGUGGCGUGCUUGUUCUUUCUUUGUAGGGUGAUCAGAAGGGAAUACGGUCGCUACAAAAUGCAAUGAGUACUUGUAGUUUUCCGUCGUUGUCUUACUGUUACUGUGGAUUGCAUCACACCUUCCCGUUCAUACCCACGGUUCUGCAUUUCGGUA